UCACGUAGGGGAGGAUAUUUUGAUUGAACACAGGCUUGAAAGAAUCUUAUUUUCUUCUUAGAAAUCCUAGAAAACAGAAAAUAACAGGAGGAUGUCUUAUUGGGAAAUACCCCAGUCAACUUCACCAUGAGUCAAACAAGGAAGAAAACUUCCUCAGAAGGAGAAACUAAGCCCCAGACUUCAUCUGUCAACAAAUUUCUCAGGGGCUCCAAAGCUGAAAGCAGAAAAGAGAACGAUGACCUUAAAACAACUGAUUCCCAACCCAGCAACUGGAUACAGAAGACGGCCCCCUCAGAGACUGCUAAGCCUCUCAGUUCAGAAAUGGAAUUGAGAUCCAGUAUGGAGAAAUACGAGCAGUUCCUGCAGAAGCUGGGCAAAAAGGCUGUCAACAAGUGUCUAGAUUUGAAUAACUGUGGAUUAACAACAGCAGACAUGAAAGAAAUGGUUGCCUUGCUGCCUUUUCUCCCAGACUUGGAAGAACUGGAUAUCUCCUGGAAUGAUUUUGUAGGUGGAACCCUCCAUUCUAUCACUCAGCAAAUGCAUCUGGUCAGCAAGUUAAAAAUCUUGAGGCUGGGUAGCUGCAGACUCACCACUGACGACGUUCAAGCACUGGGAGAAGCACUUGAGAUGAUUCCUGAACUUGAAGAGCUAAAUUUGUCUUGGAACAGUAAAGUGGGAGGAAAUUUGCCUCUGAUCCUUCAGAAGUUCCAAAAAGGGAGCAAGAUACAAAUGCUUAAGCUUGUGGAUUGCACCCUCACGUCGGAAGAUGGGACAUUUCUGGGUCAACUGCUACCUAUGCUGCAAAGUCUUGAAGUACUUGAUCUUUCCAUUAACAGAGACAUUGGUGGCAGUCUGAACAGUAUUGCUCAGGGAUUAAAAAGCACGUCAAAUCUGAAAGUACUGAAGUUACAUUCAUGUGGAUUAUCACAAAAGAGUGUCAAAAUAUUGGAUGCUGCUUUUAGGUAUUUGGCUGAGCUGAGGAAAUUAGAUCUUUCCUGCAAUAAGGAUCUAGGUGGAGGUUUUGAAGACUCGUCGGCUCAGUUGGUCAUGCUAAAGCAUCUGCAAGUCCUAGAUCUUCACCAGUGUUCACUAACAGCAGAUGACGUGAUGUCACUGACCCAGGUCAUUCCUUUACUCUCAAAUCUUCAAGAACUGGAUUUAUCAGCCAACAAAAAGAUGGGCAAUUCUUCUGAAAACUUACUCAGCAGGCUCCGAUUUUUACCAGCAUUGAAGUCGUUAGUUAUCAACAACUGUGCUUUGGAGAGUGAGACUUUUACAGCUCUUGCUGAAACCUCUGUUCACCUCUCUGCUCUGGAAGUAUUCAACCUUUCUUGGAACAAGUGUGUUGGUGGCAACUUGAAGCUACUUCUGGAAACACUAAAGCUUUCCAUGUCUCUUCGAGUGCUGAGGCUGAGCAGCUGUUCCCUGGUGACAGAGGAUGUGGUUCUCCUGGCAUCGGUCAUACAGACGGGUCAUCUGGCCAAACUGCGAAAGCUGGACCUGAGCUACAAUGACAGCAUCUGUGAUGCAGGGUGGACCAUGUUCUGCCAAAACGUGCGGUUCCUCAAAGAGUUAAUCGAGCUGGAUAUUAGCCUUCGACCAUCAAAUUUUCGAGAUUGUGGACAAUGGUUUAGACACUUGUUAUGUGCUGUGAUCAAACUUCCUCAGAUCACAGAGAUAGGAAUGAAAAGAUGGAUACUCCCAGCUUCACAGGAGGAAGAACUAGAAUGCUUUGACCAAGAUAAAAAAAGGAGCAUUCACUUUGACCAUGGUGGGUUUCAGUAAGCUGACUUCCCACAUCAUAAUAAGCUACAAACCAUUCUCCAAAGGAAAAGAACAUGAACGAAUUCCAGUGUCAUGAACUGAAUAUCAACUUCUGGGCCAUUUAAUGGGACUAUUACAAGAGCUUUGUAAAUAUAUGUAUAUAAUAUCUAAUAUAAGCAUGCCAUUAUUCUCUGUCUCAUGAAACAAAGAUGGCAUUUUUCAAUGGAUUUGUUUUGGAUAUAUAAUUCGUUCAUUUACUGUUUAGAAGCCUUGCCAAAAGCGUUUAGAUUCUGGUACUGCAACUGCUUUUCUCUUGCCCAGAAAUGUUGUGCCUCUUCUUUUCCUACAAGUUAAAUGUUCUAAAUAUAAGGGUGUGCGUGAGUGUGUGUGUGUGAUUCUAAUGUGAAAGGCACUAGCUGUCUAAGAGUUUCAUGUAUCAUUACUAUCACUAUAUGUAUCUUAAUGUGGUCCAUGUAGGUUUUUAUCAGAAAGUGUACCCUUCUAUGGUUUAUUAUUUUACGUUCUGGUGCCUUUUAUCUCAGAUACAAACCAUGAACAAUAAUGAUAGUCACUGACAUAUAAAUCUUACUAAAAAGUGUUUGAAAAUUUAAAACUCACCGUGAAAAACACAUCUUCUUAAAAUACAUUAAAACUUCUUUUUAUUGUUUAAAAAAAUUGUUAACAUAUUGCCUCCAGGCAUUUCUUUGAAAUGGAAUUGGCUCAUAAAACUAAUUUAGUUCAUUAAUGACAGUUUUCGUGUUGCUCUAAACAAUUUUUGAAAUCUUUGAUUUUCUUUUGCUAGAGAAUGAAAGUCAUUGCAUGGCAGAGAGGUUUGUCUACACAUUUCUAUUCUGACAUGCUCUGGUCAAAUUAUGUUUUGCUUUCUUCUUACUACACUAAUAAUUAGUAUUGCAAUCACUGCCUGAAAGAUAUGCAAAUUUAAAAUCAACACUAUUCCAAAUUAAAACGUUUUCAGGAUGAGGAGGUUUUGAAUGCUGUAAAGGGGAUAUUUUGGGUUACAUCGUAUGAAAGAAUACCAUGAAUACCAUAAGCAUUCCCAUGAAUUCCGUGAGUAUCUAUGCAUAUGCAAAAACCUAUGCAUGAAUGUUCAUAGCAGCUUUGUUCACAAUAGCAAAAAAACUGGAAACGAUGAGUGAAAGGUUAAACAAACUGUGGGACUAUGGAAUACUCCUUCAGCAACAGGAAGGAAAAAACCACUGAUCCAUGCCCCAGUUGGGUAGACUUCAAGUGGAUUAUGCUGAAUAAAAAAGCCAAUCCCAGUUA